CCCCGCUGAUGGUGCGCCUUCUUGUUGACGAGAACAGAAGAUUUCGUGUAAUCCGCCUGAACGCUUGAGGUGUUGGAAAUUACUAAUCAAUCUUGUUCAGUAUUUUCCAGCUGGGAACGUAAGUCACUGCCCCGCAAUGAACCCCAACGGUAAACGGAUUAUCCAGCUCACUUCGCCAACCUACCAACACAAACAUCCCAACUAUGCCUUUUACCGAGGAAGAAUGGGACGAGAUAUCCCAGGAUAUCCCCAGCCCCGAAGAUGAAUUCAUCCAGAAAUACAUCGAAGGUCGCGAGGCCCUGAUAGCGCAAGAAGAUAAGCAGCGCAGCGAUGCCUCAUUCCGCGCAUCACUCUCGCCCAUCGCCCAGAAGGCCUGCGACAUCGUCUCGCGCAUCCGUGACGAAGAGAAGUCGUCAAUCUGGACGCCUCAGCUUGAAGACUCGCUGGCCAGGACCGCCGAAAACAUGACGGUCUACCCGGGGAUGAUGUUUUCACUGUCUAAGUCACGCAUGGAGUCGACCAAGCUGUGGAAAAUCGUGCGCCAGAUGCCUAAAGGAGCCUUGUUACAUGCCCAUGCGGAUGCUAUGGUCGACUUUGAUUUUCUACUGGAUGUGCUGCUGAAGACGCCAGGGAUGCACAUCCAAUCUUCCAGUCCUCUGACAGAUGCCAAAUCCCGCGCUGGGGCGAAACUGCUCUUCCGGUUCCGAAAGCAGGCGCUAACAGAGGGCGAUAUUUGGUCCGACAGCUACAAGCCCGAUACGCAAAUCCUGCUUACCCAGGCCGCUGAUGCGUUCCCGGAACGGGGAAGACCAGGGUUUCUCAAGUGGCUGUACAGCCGAUGUACACUAUCCCGCACAGACGCCAUUUCGCAGCACCAUGGAGUCGACGAGAUAUGGCAGAAGUUUAUUGCAUGCUUCCGUGUCGCCAACUCUAUCAUCCACUACGAGCCUAUCUACCGGGCGUUUCUGCGCCGCCUGAUGAGCCAGCUGAAAGCCGAUGGAAUCAACUAUUGCGAGCUCCGCUUCUCGUGGAAGCUCGACUACUGCCUCCAGGACAGCGAGACGCCCGAGACAGACUACACGGCCAUGAUGAGCACGCUUGACGAGGAAGUCAAGAAAUUUCAAGCUACCCCUGAGGGCCAGGGGUUCUGGGGCAUCAGGACCAUCUGGGCUACGAUCCGGUACGACGCUACACGCAAUAUUAUACAGGACAUGGACAACUGCAUCACCACCAAGAUAACGCAUCCUCACAUGAUCGCCGGCUACGACAUGGUCGGACAAGAAGACCUCGGCCGUUCCCUCCGCGACAUGCUCCCCGAGCUCUUAUGGUUCCGUAAGCAAUGCGCCGACGAAGGCGUCAGCAUUCCCUUCUUCUUCCACGCGGGCGAGUGUCUCGGCACGGGCAACACCACCGACCACAACCUCUAUGAUGCCAUCCUCCUAGGCACCCGGCGCAUCGGCCAUGGCUUCAGCCUGUACAAGCAUCCCUUGCUCAUCGAUCUGGUCAAGGAGAAGAAAAUCCUCAUUGAGAGCUGCCCUAUCAGCAAUGAAGUCCUCCGUCUAUGUGGGUCCGUUAUGAGCCACCCACUACCAGCGCUACUAGCCAGGGGCGUGCAGUGCUCCCUCUGCAACGACGACCCGGCUAUGCUGGGCCAGGACACAGCGGGCAGCACGCACGACUUCUGGCAGGCGCUGCAGGGGUGGGAGAAUCUAGGAUUAGCGGGACUGGGCUCGCUGGCGGAGAAUAGCGUGCGCUGGUCUGCGUUCGAGGACCAGACGGCCGACGAGUGGAACAGGGACGUCAGGGAGGCCUCGGUGGGGAGUGGGCUCAAGGCACAGAGGCUGAAGGAGUGGGCGAUUGAGUGGGAGAAGUUCUGCCUGUGGGUCGUCACCGAGUUUGGGGCAGGCGAGGAAUAGGGGGGUUAGGCAAAUAGAGACAGACGGUCGCCGUCCGGUUUGGGUCCGGCGGGCUGAUGGAUUGUCCACUCGGAGUAGCGAUGAUUCUACUUCUCGAAGAUGAUUUCACGGCUCA